CUCCCUCCCUCCCUCCCUCGUUUCAGUCCCCACGCAGCUGUGCACCCAGAUGCCUCGUAGAGAGGACGCACACCACAUGUUCGACGGAAUGCGGCUGAAGCGGGGCAAGAACAGCGAGGCGUCCACCGCGUGGAGCGGCGCGGACCGCAUCAGCGGCCUGCCGGAGGGCGUCCUCCACCACGUGCUGUCUCUCCUCCCGGCGCACGACGCGGUGCGGACGUGCGUGCUUGCCCGGCGCUGGCGCCACCUCUGGAGAUCCGCGCCGGGGAUCCGCAUCACCGGCGUCAAGGGGUGGCGCGACGCCGACCGGUUUGUCGCCUUCGUGGACCGCCUGCUGAGCCUCCGCCGCGGCCACGCGGCGCCAGUGGAGUCGUGCAGGAUGAAGUUCGCCGCGGGCGACUUCGACUUCGACUACUUCCUGCUUGCCGAGAAGCAGCACGUGAGUCACUGGAUCAAGGAGGCCGUGCGCCUAGAUGUCCGGGUGUUGCAGUUAUCCUUUGCCGAGUUGGAAAGCUUCUGCCUGCCUGAUCUGCAUCUCGUCUGCCAGCACCUCGUGAGGCUAGAGCUUUCCUGCGUUGAUGCCAACGACAGCAUUCUUGAUUUUUCAGGCUGUCCCGCACUGGUAGCUCUGAGGAUGAAGUACUGCUUCAUAAAUGCUGACAAACUGUUCUCUGCAUCCUUGAAGCAACUACGGAUGAUUGAUUGUGAAUUCCCGAGAAACCGUACCAGAAUUUCGCUGCCAAGUCUUAUUUCACUGGAGCUAACUCGUUGCCAUGGUUGGACUCCUCUGCUUGAAUGCACACCAUCCCUAGAAACGGCAAUUGUCAGCCUUGCUCGUGACUCUGAGGACUACUGUGCUAACAAUGGCACCAUUUGUGGUGAUGGUUCUUGUGAGAGUUGCCAAUAUCAUUACGGAUUUGAUGAUAACCGCAACAACUGUGUGUUCCUCAAAGGUCUGUCAGAAGCUACACACGUGGAGUUGUCAGCUUAUCAUGGUGUGUUUGUUUUCAACAGGGAUUUAAAGUGGUGCCCUACUUUUACCAAGUUAAAGACUUUGCUACUCCAUGAGUGGUGUGUUGCUGCUGAUAACAAUGCAUUGAUUUGUUUCCUCCAACAUUCGCCAGCCCUGGAAAAGCUUACUCUUCGACUUUACAUGCCAUCCCAAUAUCUAUUGGAAACAAAUGGAAGAUACAACCCAUUGGAGCUUCCAUUUGCAUCCCAUCAUCUUAAGAUAGUCGAAAUCAAAUGUGAAGAGGUCAAUUGGAGGGUUCACAAAAUUUUGAGUAGCCUGAGUACCUAUGGCAUACCACUGAAUCACAUUAGGAUUCAACAAACUAAUAGAAGUUCUGGAUCUGGAUAUGUCAAUUUGGUUUGCACUGGUUUGAGCUUCAACUAGAGUCUUUGUACAGAUUGCAGCCUCACGCAGAGUGGAGAAGAUUUUGAAGCUCGCGACAAAUGGGUCUACUAUAUAUCUCUUGAUUAUUCAGAAAUGCAUGUCGGAGUACACUCACAGCCAUGAGGCUGUUGUCCUCUGAGAAUGCCGCUAUCUAGAGGUGCAAAUAAGUGCCCCUUAGAGUAUCCAUUGCCCCCUCUUUAAUUCAAAAAAUUGUACUAAUUUCUCAAAUUGAGCUCCCACUCUGAAAAAUUAGUACAAACUUUUGAACUAAAGAGGGGCGGUGGAUAUUCUUAGGUGCACCUCUUUGCACCCCUACCGCUAUCGCAUCUGCUCCAGCCACUCGGAUAUAUGAUCUCAUAGGAAUCCUUGGCUAAUGUAUGCAAGACGACAUUGAUCUAUACCGAGUACACUGAGCACUGUACUUGUCACAACAAUGACCCUGGAUAUUGUGAUGAGGAUUCUCGUGUGAAUCUUUGGCAGUUACAACGGCA